GAGAUAAUAGUAGUUCUCCCACUGUGAAAACACUUAAAAACUAAGAUUUCUUUGCUAUUGUUACGCGUUACCAUCCUCCAACUUUUACCAUCCUCUGUCUUUGUUGGGGUAGCGGAUACCCCAUUCUUGUUUUAGUUUACAUAUUAUGAAUAACACUGCUUCUAGAAAUCAAUAUGAAAAAUACGUAAUGCAUUUAAUGCCCUUACCUAUGUGCUCUAUACCAGGUUUAAGGACAGAAUCGAAGAGACUCUUUUAUGCAACCACAGGUGCACCCUUAAUUGUGCACUUUUCACCUAUAGUGUUGAUAGUCCCCAAAUGAGAGCAACUUUCAUUUUUCGUUUUCCAGUUGAGUCAAAUCCGUGUAACUAUUUCUGAAAAUGAGUCACAUGUGAAAUCAAACUUUUGAACUCUGUGCUUUACUCAGUGCACCAUCACUAUGCGCAGAACGUGGGAUUCGUUCUGUUUAAUAGGCCAAACCCGAGACUGUGGGAAAUUGUGCAGCAAAAAGCACCCCUAUUGUCAUGGUAAUUUCGGUGGGUGGAGGUUUGAGGGGGAGUAUGGGUACAUGUUAAACGAGGUUAAGUAAGCUUGUUUAGUUCCAAGUUUUAUCAAGCCAACGCCACCGCAAACUUUCAGAAAAAGUCGUGGGAAAGCGACAAAGUUUCUAAACUAGUUUCUUGGAAGUGCAGUAUAAUGACGGCCUCCAACAUGGGCAACGGCCCGGAGAAGAACUUCAACGCAAAAGAAGAGCGAAAGCUGCGGAAACCCUUGAUAGAGAAAAGACGCAGAGAGAGGAUAAACUCAAGCCUCGAGCAACUAAAGGGUAUAAUGGUGGAUGCCUACAAUUUGGAUCAAUCGAAAUUGGAGAAGGCUGAUGUUCUUGAGAUAACAGUUCAGCACAUGGAGAACCUUCAAAGAGGACCAGGUGGUAGUCACAGUCCAGGCACUGGGUUUGAGUCUCGACAAAGAUACAGUAGCGGGUAUAUUCAAUGCAUGCAUGAGGUGCACAACCUGCUCCUGAGCUGCCCUGGGAUGGACAAGACUCUGGGUGCGCGUCUGCUAAACCACUUGCUGAAAUCUCUUCCCCAUAUCAGCACUGAUGCUGGUUCUGUUGGCACCCCUAGCCCUCUUCCUCUAUCCCCGACCCAUUCCCCUCUUAACCUGCCUUCCUUACAGCCUCAUUCUCUCCACCUGCACACCCCUCCAUCCCCUCCAACUCCUUCACCACCCUCCAGCCCCACUCACUCACCUAGAGUCCCACUGAUUAGAGAGAGACCCCGAGAACAACCCUCUCCCCCCAGGUCUCCUUCCCCUCAGUCUCCAGCACAAUCGGCCCUUCCCCCUUUCUUUCCAGGGGCCGAUCCUUCCAUGUGGAGGCCCUGGUGAAUGAAUCCAGCCCAACCCCCCCAUUUGCCCUCCCCUUGCCCUUCCUGGCCUGCCCUCUUCUACCUAAUAGUUUCCAUUACAUUUGAUCUCUUGAGAGGUUGUAGUGCUUUCCACUCAGAGGGGUGCGUCAUAUUGGGUUACAAAGUCUCAUUGGGUUGUGUGGUAUCAUUUAAAGCACUGUACUGCAUGCUUGGAAACAAAUGAUGUAAUGUGCAUGCUUUGAGGGUAUGAUCACAAAUGACACCAAAGCUGCCCUCAUUGACUGUAUAUACUAGUUAUUGCUGUCUUGACUACUUAUAGGGCAAGUUUAGAUUACCUUACUUUGGUUUUCUUUUCUUUUUCUUUUUUUAAACAAUGAUAUUUUUACUAGCUGGGUUUUAGAUGUGGUGUAUUUUGUACAUGUAGUAAAGGGGAUUUGUUAAAAUCAUGCAUGUUUCUCUACCUUAAAUGCAAAACACUAAUAGUGACUCAGAAUGGGUAGAAUGGACAAGAUCAUUUGUGAAAAAUACUCCAACCUUGUAUAUUACAAGAAGCGCGGAGUCUUGACUAGUACCUCAUAUUGAAGCAGUUAAAACUGGUUUCCUUUAUGAAAAAUCAGAACUGUGUAUUGAUUUUGUACUCGCAUAACAUUUGAAAAUUAUGAUGAUUAUGAUAAAGGUGUUUUUAAAAUAAAAUAUGACACUAA